AUGACCGCCAUCGACUUUAACGCCCUCAAAGCACGGACUUUGGGCUCCGGAAAUGACGAGGAGGCUGUGACUGUCAACACCCGCGCCUUGAUAGAUAAGGUGUUGGCACGGUAUUCUGGAGAAUGGACCGUACUUAGAGAGCUCCUUCAGAACGCAGCUGACGCCAGUGCAACAAAUGUCACUAUCAAAUUCGAAACCCUUCCCUCUACAAGUGUCCCUGCUCCUACUCAACUGGAUCCAUCAGCUUCUAUAAAGCAUGUGAUUGCUCACCACACCCUCAAGCGUCUAGUACUCACAAACAAUGGGACUCCGUUCUCCCCGAAUGACUGGGCUAGGCUCAAGCGGAUCGCCGAGGGAAAUCCCGACGAAACCAAGAUAGGAGCAUUCGGAGUCGGGUUUUACAGUGUAUUUUCCGAUUGCGAGGAGCCCUUUGUGUCAUCUGGCUCAGAAGCUAUUGCUUUCUAUUGGAAGGAGAAUGCCUUGUUCACCCGACGGCUAAAAUUAGAUGAAUCGGAUUCCAGCCCAAAUACGAACUUCGUUCUGGAUUAUCGGAAUACUACAUCUCCAAUCCCAGCCCUCAUGCCACUAUGUCAGUUUCUUGCCAGUGCCCUAACGUUCGUCGGACUAGAAUCUGUCGAGCUUUGGCUGGAUGGUUGGAAACUCCUCCAUCUUCGCAAGAAGGUUGCGCCAAGUGUCAGCAUAGAAAUACCUAAAAAUGUGGAGACCAGAACUUCUGAAGGCCUCAUGAAAGUAUCCAAUGUGAUACGGGAGGUUGCCCAGAUGGAUGCUUCUUUGAUGGAGGCAGUGUCUUGGAAAUCCCCCGCCAACACCUCCCGUUUCGACAGCUCGCGACACCACGAUCCUACAGCGUCGUUGAAGUCGUUCUUCUCCCGUUUAACAGGCUCCUCUUCCAGUAGCAACUCUGCUAAGCCCUCCAACUCCGAUAAAGCAGAUCCCCAAAAAGCAAAGGAAGACCUUGCCAUCACCAAAACAUCGUCUGUAUUCCUUCACAUCAGCACUGCCACUAUCAAGACAUUCGCUAGCCAAUCAUUUAGCAAUGAACUUGAGCGUGCGACAAAGAAGCCCCCACCUAAAUCAACGACACUAGCGAUUUUAACGUCGUCCUACGAUUUAGCGGAAGCUUCGAAGAAUGAAGUUUCGAAGGACGCUGAUAUUUUUGCCUCCGUUCUACCUUCGCGGUCUGGUAGAAUCUUCAUUGGCUUUCCAACACACCAGACUACAGGCCUAAAUGCUCAUAUCUCUGCGCCAUCUGUUAUCCCAACCGUUGAGAGAGAAAGCAUUGAUCUAAAUGCUCGAUGGGUUCGCACCUGGAAUCUGGAGCUGUUGAGAGCAGCAGGGAUAGUGUGUAGGAUUGCUUUUUCUGCAGAGAUGCUGUCGCUUAACAAUCGCAUCCAGUCCGGAGUGAACAACCCUGGUCGAUCAAAGAUUCGGAAAGAGGAUAUUGCGGGAGUGUUGCCGGAAGCAGUACAUACUGUCAACCAGUUUGUGUUCCGUGAAUCAACUCCAAUAUCGCAUGUUGGGCAGGCAAUUGAAGAUUCGUUUUGGACGUGUAGCAAAUACGCAACAAUUGAGGUAUUGUCGACUUGUGGGAUUCUCCCAUGUCACAAUGUGCGAGUUGCGCCCAAAGACCUCAGUUUUAUGGACUCUAUACCGGCAAUACCAGAGGAGCUAAUGACUGGCUCCAGAGACUUUGUGAAGCGCUUGACGGAUUUAGGCCUUGUUACUGACAUCACUGUGUCGGAUAUUAUGGAGGAACUGGAGUCAAGUCCCUUGACUUCAAAACAACUUGAAGAGCUUUUAUCAUGGGUGACCAAGAAAGCUGUUGCUGGUGACAUCGAUAUUUCAGUGGUUCGAGGGUUACUACGAGCGGCAGUGGCUAAUGACGAAGGGCCCGACGGUAAUCCAUCCCGCGUUAUUGUUCUCAGUGAUGUAAACAGUUUCAUCAACCCUAAUAAGAUUCCUGUGGAAUUGCCAAUGCCGCCGUUCGUCAUGCCUUUCAGAUACACCAAGAAUUUGUCUAGGAGUUCUCUGGAGUCCCUGGGCUGGCAUGAACUGCAAAUCGAUGCCUGGAUUACGUGGCUUGUGCAGAAUGCGAAAAAUAGAAGUUCACUUCCUCCUGAACAGGAUAUUACACAGACGCCAUCGUUUGCUGCGCAUGUACUGCCCGUUCUGUCUAAACAAUGGGAUAGUUUUGGUGUACCUACAAAGACUACAAUUGUUGAACUGCUGCGGAAUAGUACUGUCAUUCCCACAAAGUCCGGAAUGAGAAAACCUCCUGAGACUUAUUUCCCGAGUGUCCGGCUAUUUGACGAUCUUCCCAUUGUCACAGGCCUCAACAACGUCAAAGAGAAAUUCCUUGCUACCCUUGGCGUUCGAAAGACUGUUGAGCUCAAUGUCAUUUUUGAGCGACUAUUGAAUAGCUCUGAGGAUUCAGUCGACGAGAAAGGGGCUCCCCGGAAGAAAUGGAGUCAUGUUGAUCUGAUCAAGUAUCUGGCUUCUGUUCAAUCCGAUAUCCCGCGGGAAGACAUUCAAAAACUAAAGCAGGCAAAUAUAUGCACCGCUGAAGCCAGUGCGCGCUCCAAAACCGAGGCUGUUCGAUAUAAAGUUUCCGACCUUUUCGUGCCAGAUGAGUUACUUAGGGACCUUGAAUUACCACUUCUCUACUGGCCGGGAAGAUAUUACCCGACGGGCCCGGAAGGACGGUUUUUAACCUUGUUGGGACUCAAGAGCUUCCCGUCGGCAAUGGAGUUAAUACAGCUUAUAGCAUGGGCAGCAUCAGUGGACAACACCAAACUUAGAGACAAAGCGAUGACCUAUUUUAUCACGAACCAUGUCGCACUUAAAUAUGCUGAGUUUGACUCGUCCAAGGUCAACAUACCUUAUCUUCCAAUUGAAGGGCAAAACAAGCUAAGCACACCGAGUCAUUGUUUUACUGACAAUGGAGCUACUAUAUUCGGGUUUGAUCUUCUGAGAAAGGACCUCCAUCCCCACGCAUUGAAGUUUGGCGUCAGUCAGCACCCUUCUCUCAGUGAGUGCCUGAAGCUCCUUGUUGCGAAACCUCCUUCAUCGAAAAAGGAAGCCCAGACUUUAUUUGAGUAUUUUGCAAGACGACUAGGGGAGAUCAAUUCGGCGACUGCAGAACGCAUCGGUCAGACGCGUAUAGUCCCCGUUAUCCGGAACGCUUCUUCGUCCGAGAAAUCUUCUUCAAUUGAUCAUAUCACGCCGCGUGAAUGUUAUCUGGGCGAGAGUGAGGAUUAUGGAAAUAUCUUUGACUUUGUCGACUUUGGACAAGAAGCAAAUCGGUUUCUAGAAUCGUGCGGCGCAAAACGAGAACCGACCAAGGUUGAAGUUGCAAAGAUGUUAGUUAAGGAGCCUGCCAGAGUAUCGUCUAAGCUUCAAAACCCGGACAAAUACCUCAAUCUAUUGCGUAGUCUUGCUGAGAGCAUUCCACAGUUGAGGAAGCACAGGGAUUUAUUCAAGGAGAUGAAAGCUGCACCCUUUCUUCUUGCGAGUAAAGAAUUGCCCUCGAAGCCCGCGCCACCCAAGACCGACGAACAGUUGCUCGAGAUGGACGAUGAAACCUACGAAGAUGAAACGCAAGGCAUAAAAGAGUGGCAGCUGGCAAAAGCUCGCGAUGCUAUUAUUGUCGACGACUAUGCCAGUUUUAGUUUGUUUAAGCAAAAUAUUCUGGCUGCUCCUCAAGAGGAGUUGCUUGAAGAUUUAUAUGUAGCCCUCGGCACUCCGUGCCUGAGUGAACUUGUGGAGGAGCAGGCGCGUUGUGGCGCUUUGGCAUUUGACCAGCGCCUUGCCACGAAGUUGCAAAAACAAAUCUAUGAGCGGUCGCGAUUGUUUCUCCAUGACAUGCCCCGCGAGAUGAUUAAGCACGAUACGAAAUGGUUGGAGAAGCAUUUGUCAGUUCAAGUGGUGCAAUCUAUCUCCCUGAGACGGUUGCUGAAAGGGCGAAAUGCGUCGCAUGUUGAAAAGAGAAGCGCAGUUGUAAUGCCAUCCCGGGGCUCUUGGGUGUUGUCGAUCUGUGCUGGCCCUCCGGAUUUGUACCAAAUUAGCCAGGCGCUCGUCCAUCUUAUUCUCAACAGACCGAAGCUGCAUUCAACCCUCACGCUGGAGAUGCUACUUAAAACGGACCUUCUUGAGCUUCGUGCCCGAGGCUACAAUGUCGAGCGUAUCUUGCGGCAGAAGGCUGCUGAGGCUAGGAUGGCAGAAAGCAAGCGUCAGCAACAGCUAGAAGAGGAGUUGAAACAAAUUCAAGAGAAAGAAGUUGCUUGGAGAAAGGAGCAGCAAUCUGAACCCGAUGAUCGUGGGAAACAGCUAUCGAUGCCGGGAGUUUUCCCGGAGUUGUCCCCUCCUCAUACGAGAUCAAGCACUGAUGAAACCUCUUUGGAAAUAGCAUCCACACGAGCUAAGAGCGGCGGCCUGUUCUCUGAUCUCACUCGACGCUUUGGAUUGGAGGAUUACGCGCGAUCAAACAACGCUAUACAAUCUGCCAUACAAGGGAUCCGCGACAGGGCACAACAACCCUUGCCCCUGCCCACGUCUUCCGACCUUCCUCCGCCAUUUUGCACGGCUAACGAAGCCGGUUCGACGAGGGAAUCCAAACCCCAAACCAUAACUUCCCCUCACGCACUCCAAUCAAACCUAAUGUCAGCCAUCCAAGCAUGCCGACCGCACGGCUCAUCAACCCUCUACAGCCGUGGCGAAAGGAACAAAGUAAUGGAGACGAAAUCAUACUGCGACGAACAGCCCUGUCACGACCUCGUAUUCGCCGCAGACACCAACUCUGGCAUACGGAUUUUCGUCACGAAAACUGUCGCAGAUCGAUCCGCGUUUUUGUUGGAGAAUUCAGUCAGUCUCAACGCCUUUGCGUCGAUAUUGACGGAUUGUGCCAGCGUGUUUUCCGUCCGGCUGAACAGUGUUAGCAUCUUCUAUGAUCCGGCCGGCAAGACUAUAGCGUUCAACAGCCAGGGCAGCAUCUUUUGCAAUUAUCUCUACUUCCAACAGCUGCACCAGCCGCAGAUGGUUCAGGGCGGGGUUAAUUGUCGCGACGAGCCGUUGGUGUAUUGGUGGGUUAUCUUUUGCCAUGAGCUGGCGCAUAACUUAGUUGCGGACCAUAGCUCGGACCAUAGUUUUUACACUGAGGGCUUUGUUACCCAGUACUUCCCCAGAGUUGCGCGGAAGAUGGCUGAGUAUGCAGCAGUGCCAGGGGCGGCGUCGACUCCAUCGCCCGGACUUUCAUCUCCUCCCCCGAACUGA